CUCUCUCUCUCUCUCUCUCUCUUCCUGAACACUGUCAUGUGUCGCAGUUUCGUCUUCUUGAACAGCAGUUACAUCCUCCUCUUGUCCUGCUCUUCAUCCUCGAUCCUCUUCUCUUGUUGUUGUUGAUGAUGUUGAAGAUGAUGAUGAUGAUGCUGUACCGGCCUUCAUGUUCGCCUUCAUCCUGAUCUCCUUAGUGAUGCUCUCCAACUCUGCAUAUUUCACGGAGUCCAAAUCCAUGUUUCUGUGAUAGUGAGAAGUGAAGCUGCUCUCUCUCUCUCUCUCUCUCUCUCUCUCUCUCUCUCUCUCUCUCUCUCUCUCUCUCUUUCGCUCUCUCUCUCUCUCUCUCUCCGGCUGAACGUGACCGGGGAGCAGCGCUCGGUGCUCUUUAUUUAACGUCUUCAAAUUGAGCGGCAGCGGGAAGACGGUCUUGCCGCAGAUCUGCUCCGGACCCUGCUGCGUGCUGCUGGAGGAAGAAUGUCGUCCUAUGCGCCGCUUUAUGCGCCAGCCUCCUCUCUCCAACCCGAGUCUCCUCCACACCUAUAGGCUGGUUGUUCAUUUUUUUUUUUCAACAUUUUAAGCUAAACUCGUUUUGAUCUCACCUUGCCGCUGACGCUUGGAUGUUGAUAAAACGACGCGCAUGCGUUGCUCUUGGAAUAAUUUUGCAGCCUAAGUUGCAUCCCUGAGAUCUUGUGUCAAAGUCAUUGGCAGUGAUGUGGACUACUCUGGACCGCGGAUGCUGGGGGCUCUGCUGCUUGUCUCUGCUGGCUACUGUAGUCUGCGGGGCGCAAAGCGCCAACGAGCCUAGCAACAUGUCAUAUGUGAAAGCCACUGUGGACAAGCUGCUGAAGGGCUAUGACAUCCGUCUACGGCCUGAUUUUGGAGGCGCCCCGGUGGAUGUUGGCAUGAGCAUAGACAUCGCCAGCAUCGACAUGGUGUCUGAAGUCAACAUGGACUACACCAUCACCAUGUACUUCCAGCAGUCGUGGAGAGACAAGCGCCUCUCCUACACCGGCAUCCCUCUCAACCUCACGCUGGACAACAGGGUGGCCGACCAGCUGUGGGUCCCCGACACCUACUUCAUCAACGACAAGAAGUCCUUCGUCCACGGCGUGACGGUGAAGAACCGGAUGAUCAGACUGCACCCUGAUGGGACGGUGCUCUAUGGUCUCAGGAUAACCACGACAGCUGCCUGCAUGAUGGACCUGCGCAGAUACCCACUAGAUGAGCAGAACUGCACCUUGGAGAUUGAGAGCUAUGGAUACACCACCGAUGACAUUGAAUUCUAUUGGCAGGGAGGAAGCAACAUCGGCUCAGUCACCGGAGUGGAGAACAUCGAACUGCCCCAGUUCUCCAUCAUAGAUUACCAAACGCUCUCCAAGAAAGCUGUGUUCGCCACAGGCUCUUAUCCACGUCUGUCCCUGAGCUUUAAGCUGAAGAGGAACAUUGGCUAUUUCAUCCUGCAAACCUACAUGCCUUCUACCCUGAUCACCAUCCUGUCCUGGGUCUCCUUCUGGAUCAAUUACGAUGCCUCGGCUGCCAGAGUAGCCUUAGGUAUUACCACGGUGCUGACCAUGACCACCAUCAACACCCACCUGAGGGAGACUCUACCCAAGAUCCCCUACGUUAAGGCCAUUGACAUAUACCUCAUGGGUUGUUUUGUCUUCGUCUUCCUGGCCUUGCUGGAGUACGCCUUCGUCAACUACAUCUUCUUUGGUCGAGGUCCUCACCUGCAGAAGAAGGUUGCAGAAAAGGCUGCCAAGUCCAACAACGAGAAGAGCAGACUGGAGAGCAACAAAGUGCAGGUUGAUGCUCAUGGCAACAUCCUCCUGACCAAUCUAACCAGUGAGAUGGGUGGAUCAGAUAUGAUGGGCGCUCUCAACGACCCUCGGGCUACCAUGUUCUCCUAUGACAGCGCCAGCAUACAGUAUCGCAAACCCAUGACCAGCCGAGACCUGUACGGACGGCCGGCCAUCGACCGGCCAAUGGGCCACAAGAAGGGCCGCUUGCGGAGGAGGGCCUCGCAGCUCAAAGUCAAGAUCCCCGACCUCACGGAUGUCAACGCCAUAGACAAGUGGUCCCGUGUCGUCUUCCCAAUCGCAUUUACCUUCUUCAACCUGGUCUACUGGCUUUACUAUGUCCACUAGGGUGGCAGCAGCUCUGAUAAUGAUUGGAUAGAAAAGCUACCUAGGUCUUGUACAGCGAUGAAAAUGAAGGAGCAUUCAGUCCAUUUGUAUAAAUCCUGUUUUGGAAUGAAUAGAUCUGGCUGUCUUUACAAUGUAAAUACAAUUUAAUAUAUAAUAUAUAAAUAUAUAUAUA